CAAUAAGGAGGAAGACAGCAGUGUGAUCCACUAUGAUGACAAGGCGAUUGAUCGGUUGUUGGAUCGAAACCAAGAUGCAACCGAUGACACAGAGCUGCAGAGUAUGAAUGAAUACCUCAGCUCUUUUAAAGUGGCCCGGUAUGUGGUCAAAGAUGAGGAUGAGGAGGAGGAGGAUGUGGAUAGAGAGAUUAUUAAGCAGGAAGAGAGUGUAGAUCCUGAUUACUGGGAGAAACUGUUGCGCCAUCAUUAUGAGCAGCAGCAGGAAGAUCUUGCUCGUCACCUUGGCAAAGGCAAACGGCCUCGCAAACCUGUCAACUACAACGACUGCUCACAGGAGGACAGAGGUAGACGGGGUACAGAC